AUGAUGCUGGUUUCUGCCAUACUGUUGGCAUGCGCUUUUCUCGAUUCACUGGUCGUUGUAUCACAGCUCUCAUUCGCCAACGCCAUCUCCCACCUCAUUGUGAACGCUAUCAUGAUGAUAUACUGCUUGACCGAGGUCCGUUCGUGGUCAUUCUCUUCGGUAACGUUCGCUCUAGACAUCAACACUCUACCAACAAUGAUUGGUGUGGUCGUGUUCGGUUAUACUUCGCAUAUCUUCUUACCGAAUCUCGAAGGGAAUAUGAAGGAACCAAAGGAGUUCAAAUGGAUGCUGAAAUGGUCACAUGUGGCCGCUGCGUUGUUCAAAGCAGUAUUUGGUCUGUUCGGAUUUCUGACAUUCGGUGAACUGACACAGCCCGAGAUCUCCAACUCGUUACCUAAUCAAGGAUUCAAGGUGGUCGUCAACCUGGUGCUUGUCAUCAAGGCGCUUCUCUCAUAUCCUCUACCGUUCUACGCAGCGGUACAAUUGCUCAAGGACAAUCUCUUCCGCGGCACAAAAACCACGCCGUUUACGGGAUGCUACAGUCCCGAUGGAUCACUACGUGAAUGGGCGCUUUUCUUGCGGAUUCUCUUGCUCCUGUUUACACUUUUCAUUGCACUGUCAGUACCGUAUCUCAUCGAACUCAUGGGCCUUAUUGGGAACAUCACUGGCACCAUGUUGUCAUUCAUCUGGCCAGCACUCUUCCAUCUACGAAUUCGUGGCGAGACAAUGGUUAACAGAGAUCGUCGUUUCGACCAAAUGAUUAUCGGCUUGGGCUGCUCCAUCUGUAUUUCCGGAGUUUAUUUCUCUUUCAUGGAACUUCUACGAGCGAUUCAAGCAAACGAUCAGUGA